CCUCCUUGCAGACGAAGGAGGGCUUACCUUGAUACUUGCUCCGUGCUUGCCACCCAAGGCUUAACCUCGAGAUGGACGACAACGACGACGAGGCCUCUGCCGCCGGUGUAGUCGGUAGCCACAGAGGAAUCGACAACGACAACCGCAACGACAACAUGUUGACAACCAGUCGGAAGAGAUUUGGGUUCGCGCGCGUCGUCCCGGAGGAGGGCAAGAAGAGAGUGAACUACGGCAAGGGCGAUGCUCGCCGAAUCAUGGAAGAGGCUGUUUCGCUGUGCGAAGCCAUGGCACUGGGGUACGAGGUGGUGUUCCACGGCAGGCGUCGGAGCUUCAAGUCAAGCAGCAGCAUAGCAGAGGGUGUCAGGUUGUCAACCUAG